AGAAGGGAUUUAAAUUUCACUUAAAUGAUGUGAAAGUACAAUUGAGUAAUUGACUUACAGAGGAGUGCAUUUGGAUGAUAUGCACGGACGUAUGAUUGAUAUAAUAGUCCAAGUCACAUCACGUCCAAACUCCAACCCCAAUACGGGAGAGCUGACGUCACCGCCGGUCACAAAAAAAAAGGCACGGCCAAUUCUCUUACUUGUCCCUAUUCCCCCAUGUGCUCCUCCCAGCAUCCGAUUCCUCUCCCUUUUCCCUUAUCCUCCACCAUCCCUCUACCGGCGGACGUUAGCAGCCUCCUUCCAUGAACCUCCGUCCGCCUCCUCACCAUAACAUUCACUCCUCCGGCGGCGGUGGUAGCGGCCGUCGCGAAGACUGUUGGAGCGAGGGCGCCACCGCUGCGCUCAUCGAGGCGUGGGGCGACCGUUAUUUAAGACUUAACAGAGGUAACCUCCGUCAGAAGGACUGGCAAGAAGUCGCUGACGCCGUUAACUCCCGUCAAACCGGCGUUAAGCCGAGGAAAACCGACGUUCAGUGCAAGAACCGGAUCGACACGUUGAAGAAGAAAUACAAGCUCGAAAGAUCCAAGCCGCCGCCGUCGAAAUGGCCGUUUUUUAGCCGCAUCGAUUCCCUCAUCGGCGGCAACGCCUCCGUCUACAAAAAGCAUCCCAGCGUCACUUUCACGAUCAAACCGAAAACGGCGUCGUUAUUGAAGGAGCCAAAGUCGACGGAGAGCUCGUUUGAUGACGAUGACGGAGAUGAUGAUGAGGUGAGGAAAGAACACCGAGUGGAGGAUGUAGGAUUAUCCGAUGGAGCUGCGUGUAGGGAAUUAGCAAGAGCGAUUUUGAAGUUCGGGGAGAUCUAUGAGAGGAUCGAGAGCUCGAAGCAACAGCAAAUGAUGGAGCUUGAGAAACAGAGAAUGGAGUUCACCAAGGAUCUGGAGUUUCAACGAAUGAACAUGCUUGUUGAUGCUCAGCUGGAGAUGGAAAAAUCAAAGCGACAAAAGCAUUUGAACCGAUCAGGGAAGAAGCAGUAAUCUGAGAAUAGAAACUGAGUCUGAGUGUCUUUGUGACUAUGUCCUCCUUUGAUCUCAAGUAACUCAGACAGAAGUCUCCAUCUGUAGAUCCAAUCACAUCGGAAUCAUGUGAUUAUGGUGGUUGUAACUUGUAACAUUUCUUGUACAUAAAUUAGUUGUUUGCUGCAGAUCUCUUGUAUUUCUAGCUGUUGUAAUGAAAUUAUCAACUUCUCAAGUAAUUCUUACUCUGUAGUUUUUUCUGUUAUAUAAAUGAUGGUUUAAUGUAAUAAUGGCUUGAAAUCACAAAUGAAAGAUGCUAAUUUUCUUCGUCCCCUAUACUCGAGGCUUCAACCUCGAGAGAGUAGGAUCGCGAUUUUAACGUCUUUCGCUGUUAAAACUUGUUCGAAAAAAAUUAACAGAGGGAGAGAGAACAGGGUAACAAUGGGGAAUAUUAGUCAAAGUUCAUGCUUGGAAGAGUUAGGCCAAGCUUGUGAACAAGAGCAUGUGAUACUUCCUUGGUUGGGCAGGAGAGUAUC